UCCUCACCCAAUUCCCUCUCUCCGUCUUCUAGGGUUUCGAAACCCUACCCACUCUCUCUCUCUCUCACUCUCUCUCUACAUCAUCAAUGGCUGAAGAAGUACAGUACUCGUCUGGUACGGACGCUACCAACAAGCGUAAGUACGAGGACCAAACGACGCCGUCUCAGCCAUCCACUCGCCGCCCCACCGGCUUCUCGGCUCCGAUCUCCACUCCCUCUCCAGACUCCUCUCACGCCCCGCCCUCAUACAACAGUGUUCCGCCUCCCGCAGAUGAGAUCCAGCUCGCCAAGCAGCGCGCGCAGGAGAUCGCUGCUCGCCUUUUCAGCAACGCCAGCAACACCGAAGCUAAGCGCCCUCGCGUCGAGAAUGGUGCCGGUGCUGGUGGGUUUGAUUCCGGUGAUAAGGGGUUCAGCUCUGUUCCUUCUGAUGUUGGACAGAAGCCUAUGAUUUCGACUCCUUCGGCAAUUCCAGUUUCUUAUGGUUACCAGGGUACGAGCAAAAAGAUUGAUAUACCGAAUGGGAGGGUUGGUGUUAUUAUUGGGAAAGGUGGAGAGACUAUCAAGUAUCUUCAGCUUCAGUCUGGAGCUAAGAUUCAGGUCACUAGGGAUAUGGAUGCGGAUCCUAAUUCCCCAACCCGGUUGGUGGAGCUCAUGGGUACUCCGGACCAAAUUGCAAAGGCAGAGCAAUUGAUUAACGAUGUUCUUUCUGAGGCUGAAGCAGGGGGGUCUGGCAUAGUUUCUCGAAGGUUAACUGGUCAGGCUGGGUCUGAACAAUUUGUGAUGAAAGUACCAAAUAACAAGGUUGGUCUGAUAAUUGGUAAAGGCGGUGAGACCAUUAAAAAUAUGCAAGCCAGGACAGGAGCUCGUAUUCAGGUGAUACCUUUGCAUCUCCCCCCUGGUGAUACAUCAAUGGAGAGAACUGUACAAAUAGAUGGCACCAGUGAACAGAUUGAGUCUGCUAAACAGUUGGUCAAUGAAGUCAUCAGUGAGAAUCGUAUCAGAAAUCCAGCAAUGGCUGGAGGAUAUCCUCAGCAAGGCUACCAAGCCCGACCUCCAUCGGGCUGGGGUGCCCCUCCUGGUGCUCCUCCAAUGCAGCAACCUGGUUAUAGCUAUGCGCAGCCUGGAUCCUAUCCUGGUCCUUCACCCCAGUAUAACAUGUCUCAGCCAGCGUAUGCCGGCUAUUCUCAACCUAAUGCCACUGGUUGGGACCAGACGGCUGCCCCACCAAGUCAGCAGACAACUCCAGGAAGUGGCUAUGAUUACUAUGGCCAACAGCAGACUCAACAGCAGCAGCAAGCCCAUGGUGGUCCUUCUGGUCCAGCUGAUAACUCUGGUUACAAUUACAAUCAACCACCAGCUUCUGGAUAUAAUCAACAGGGGCAAGGUUAUCCUCAGGAUGGCUAUGGUGGUGGGUAUCACGCACCUGCUCCUCAACCUGGCUAUGGUCAGCCUCAGCCAAUUCCAGGAUAUGAUCAGCAGCAAGGUUAUAAUUCUGCAACUGGUUAUGGUAAUGUGGCCAACCCAACACAAGAGGGGCACACUACCUCCUAUGGAGCUCAAGGGGAGACUGGUCAAGCACCACCUUCUGUCCAGCCCUCUGCAAUUGGUCAGCAAGGAUACAACACUCAGCAGCCUAGUCCAAGCCCUGCAAGUUAUCCGCCUCAAGGAUCUAAUCAGCCAGCGUAUGGGAUGCCCCCAACUUCCCAAACUAGUUUUGGGAGUCAAGCACCAGCCCAGUCUGGCUAUACCACCAACUAUGGACCACCACAGGCUCAGAAGGCACCAGCCAAUCCACCAGUUUAUGGACAAACCCAACAGUCCCCCAGUGCCCAGGGAGGCUAUGCCCAGCCUGCUCCUGUGCAGCCUGGUUAUCCCCAUUCUCAGCAGCCGCCUGCUCAGUCUGGGUAUGCUCAAACCGAUUCCAGUACCCAGCGAGCCGCACCGUCCAGUUAUGGAACAGCAGCUGGUCAGCCAGGGUAUGGAGGACCUUCAGCUUACAGUGCACCAACAGUGACUCAGGCAGGUUAUGGGCAGCAGCCCCCAUACAGUGGCUCAUAUGGUGGCGGUUAUUCACAGCCUCCAAUGUAUGCUGCGGAUGCAACUCCAACUUCUCAGCCUGCACAACAGAGUGGGGUUGCCAAAACAUCGCCCCAGAGCUGAGAGAGAAUGGACUGUGGUGGGUGGUAGGGCACAUUUUGUUGCUGAUGAAUUUGUUACCCGUUAGUCUUUUAGGUUUUAGUAUUUGUAGUAUUUGAGAGAGCAUUUUCAGAUGCAGAUACUUGAAAAGGUAAGGAUUUUUGUUUCUAGUUGUUGAUUUUGCGACUCUGGUUGUGUUUAGUCUUAAAAACUAGAACAACUUGUUUUGUGGCUCAGGCUGGUUGUAUUUCAUGAGCGCACACAAGCCUAUAUAUGCUUUGUGCUGUUCAUUUUUAUUUGAACUUGCAGCAUGGGAUGACAGAUGACAGGUUGGUUUUUUUUU